AUGUCCGUCAAAGAAAUAACAAAACUCGCAGACUUCAACGCAGCCAUAAACGGCGGCAAAUCAGUCAUUAUCGAUUUCUGGGCCCCAUGGUGUGGUCCAUGCAGAGUGAUCUCCCCCCUGUUCCAGCAAUUCGCUGGGGAAGCAGGACAGGGCGUGGAGUUCUACAAAGUCAACGUUGAUGAAUGCGAUGAUAUCAGCCAAGAAGUUGGCAUUAGAUCGUUACCGACGUUCAUGGUGUUCAAGGAUGGUACGAAGGUCAACGAGCUCGUGGGAGCCGUUCCCACUAGACUCCUGGAAAUGAUUCAAACCUACGCUACAUCCUAG